AUGUUGGGACGCAUGCUCGACCUGCUGACUCUGCUCUACCUCUACACGAUUCGGGGGAUGCUGAUCACCAUGACGGGGGAGAUUAUGAUGGGACGCAGGCUCUACCUGAACAUGCCUCUCUGCCGGAAGGUGGUGUACAACUUGACGAAGAUGUUCGUCCUGAUCGUGAUGAUGCUGGUGUUGGGCCUCGUGAUCUGUGAGGUCCGCCUGUCAAAGGAGUUCGCCAGCCAGCUCUACUCUCAGCUCAGUCUCGGGCUUGGCCAAAAAACGCGGCUAGCAGUUCCAGAGGAUCUCUACGUUUGGGGGUCCACGACUAAGAUGAUCACAGCCCCGGCCGUGCUACAGCUGGUGGAGCAGGGGUUGGUGAAGCUGACGGAUCCCAUCAGUUUGCACAUCGAUCCCAUCCUUUUGCAGUUGAACGGCACGCAUUUGGAGGACCACUUUGGCAGCCCGAUCCGGGAUGUCGAAAUUCAGCAUCUGCUUCACAUGACGUCCGGCAUCCAAGACUACGAUGGCGAGGCUUUUUCGGCAGCUCAGUUUGCCAACCGAUCCAAAGCUUUCGGCCCGGUGGAGAUCUUGACCCGGUUCGUAAGCCCCACCCUUCAGUUUUCGCCGGGAGAGCGCCAGAGCUACUGCAGUACCAACUAUAUUCUUUUGGGCUUCGUCCUUGCCACGCACCAUCAUCGAACCGGCACUGCGUGGAGCUGGCAGGGCUACGAUCAAGCAAGCGUGGUCCCCGCCGCCUUGCAGAAGGAUUUCACCCAGUCCUUGUUCGUGAAACAGGGCCCCUGCAGCCAGUAUACGCCUGUGCAUGGCUUCAUGGGAUUCUAUCCGAGCGCACAGCUUCCGAAGCAGGACGUCUGGAACGUCAGCUGCUUGGGAGGCUGGACAGCGGGGGACUACGUGGGUUCCGUUGCCGACAUUGCUCGCUUUACAUACGACCUGUACAACACCAAGGACCCCAAGAUUGUCACGGCGCAGUCGCAAGCGCAUUUGACAAACUUCACCGCUCCAGGAAUGAGCAGCUUCAAGUUCUAUGGAAUGGGCACCUUCAACCUGGCGUGGAGCAUCGGUGAUGCGGAUGCUUACGGACACGUGGGUGACACGUAUGGGUACCAGUCGCAGACGACAUACAUUCCAGGCUUCGACUUCGUGAUUUCAGUCGCCACUAACGUGGAGACAGCCAAGCAAGCCCAGCCAGCGGACUUCACCUGCCAUGCCUACCACGAGCUGAAGGCAGUUCUGACUGGGAAACCGGCUCCACGCUGCACCUUCAUCGUGCCGCAGCGGUUCAUCGGCCAGUGCGUCUGCCUGGGGGAGUCUGAGUCUGAAGUGCUUGUAUAG